AUGCAGGGCCUGGGUGCAGGGCCUGGGGCCAGGGCGUGCGGCGGGGGUGGCGACGCGGGGCCGUGGGCUGCCGGCUGCAGGCUGCGGCUGACAGGCUCCUUCUCCGGGGCUCUUCUCCCGGCAGCUGUGCUGCUGCGGGCGCGCGAGGCGGCGCAGUUCCUGCGGCCCAGGCAGCGCAGAGCCUACCAGGUCUUCGAGGAGGCGAAGCAAGGCCACCUGGAGAGGGAGUGCGUGGAGGAGCUGUGCAACCGCGAGGAGGCCCGCGAGGUGUUCGAGAACGACCCCGAGACGGACUACUUCUACCCACGGUACUUAGAUUGCAUCAGUAAACAUGGGUCUCCGUACAGCAAGAACCCAGGCUUCGCCACGUGCGUGCAAAGUCUGCCAGACCAGUGCACCCCGAACCCCUGCACCAAGGCGGGCACCCAGGCCUGCCAGGACCUCAUGGGCAACUUCUUCUGUCUGUGCAAGGCCGGCUGGAGGGGCCGGCUCUGUGACACAGAUGUCGACGAGUGCAGCCAGCACAGCGGGGGCUGCAGCCAGGUGUGCCGCAACCAGCCAGGCAGCUUCCACUGCAGCUGCCACAGCGGCUUUGCGCUUGCCCCCGAUGGCCGGGCCUGCAAAGACGUGGACGAGUGUGCAGACCCGGGCACCUGCGGGGCAGCACGCUGCCAGAACCUGCCCGGCUCCUACUCAUGUGGACGAGUGUCAGCAGGGCCGCUGCGAGCAGACCUGUGUCAACGCCCCGGGCAGCUACACCUGCCACUGUGACGGCCAGGGGGGCCUCAAGCUGUCAGAGGACAUGGACGCCUGUGAGGACAUCCUGCAGUGUGUGCCUUUCAACACGGCCCGGAGCGCCAAGUCCCUGUACCUGGGCCGCAUGUUCAGUGGGACCCCUGUGAUCCGGCUGCGCUUCAAGAGGCUGCAGCCCACCAGGCUCAUGGCCGAGUUCGACUUCCGGACCUUCGACCCCGAAGGCGUCCUCUUCUUCGCGGGCGGCCAUCAGCGCAGCACCUGGGUCAUGCUGGCCCUGAGGGCCGGCAGGCUGGAGCUGCAGCUGCGCUACCAUGGCGUCGGCCGUGUCACCAGCAGCGGGCCGGUCAUUAACCACGGCAUGUGGCAGACGAUCUCAGUGGAGGAGCUGGAGCACAGCCUGGUCAUCAAGGUCAACAAGGACGCUGUCAUGAAAAUCGCGGUGGCCGGGGACCUGUUCCAGUGGCACCGAGGGCUGUACCAUCUGGACCUGACCGUGGGGGGCAUCCCCUUCCAGGACAAGGACCUCGUCCAGCCCAUAAACCCCCGCCUGGACGGCUGUGUGCGGAGCUGGAACUGGCUAAAUGGUGAAGACACCACCAUCCAGGAGACGGUGAGGGUGAACCCGAAGAUGCAGUGCUUCUCCGCGGUGCAGAGGGGCUCCUUCUACCCCGGCCACGGGUUCGCCUUCUACAGCCUCGAGUACAUGGGGCUGUCACUGGACGAGGGGACCAACAUGACCUGGGAGGUAACGGUGGUGGCUCGCAUCCGCCCCGCCGCUGACACGGGCGUGCUGUUGGCACUGGUGCGUGGCCAGGCUGUGCCCCUGUCUGUGGCUCUGGUUGACUACCACUCCACCAAGAAGCUCAAAAAGCAGCUGGUGGUCCUGGCGGUGGAGAGCGAGGCCCUGGUGCUGAUGGAGAUCAAGGCGUGUGACCGGGAGGAGCACGUGGUCGUCGCCUCCCUGAAGGAGGGCCAGGCCAGCCUGCAGGUGGACGGCACCAGGGGCCAGAGCGAGGUGAGCACCGUCCGGCUGCGGGAGCGGCUGGCCGUGCUCAGGACGCACCUGCAGGACUCCGUGCUCACCUUCGCCGGGGGAUUGCCAGACGUGCCGGUGACCGCGGCACCAGUAACAGCGUUCUACCGCGGCUGCAUGACGCUGGAGGUCAACGGGCGCGCUCUGGACCUCGACGAGGCCACGUACAAGCAUGGCGACAUCACCUCCCACUCCUGCCCUCCACUGGGGCCCGCUGCGCCUUAGGCCAGCAGUGUCACCAUCCCUGCAGAGCCAGCAGGGUGGCAGGGAGCCAGCAGCCAGCCCCGCACCAGCUCAGCCCCUGCAGAUGCACUGAGCAGGCAGCUCCCCCGAGCUGCCCCAGAGACCUGUCUUUGCCCUGUGACAUAUUUGUAAAUAGAGGGACCGGUACUGGCUCCGCACCCCUGAGCUGGGCACACGUGGGGACAGGCGUGGGGGCCUGUCUGGAGCAGAGCAGAUGGAAGAAAAUAGUUCUCUAUUAUUUUUAUUACCAAAUGCUUCUUUAUGACUCUAAAAUAUGGAAAUACAGUAUUUACAGAAAAUGU